AUGUUGAAACGAAUUGUUGAUGAAUGGAAAUAUGUAACUAGAAAUGCAAAAAUAUCAAGCGGAGUGCCAUAUGAAACUUUUGUCAUCAAUAUUGAAAAAGAGGCAUCCAAUGUUACUAAUAUGAGAAAUCAAAUCAUCCCUUAUACUUUUAUAACAAAAAUUCAAACAACACAAAUCAUGGAGAGACAAUCAAAGCUAGGAUGGUCUCACUAUUUCGAAAUUUAUGUCUUUAACGUAAAGGGUAUAAGUAAUAUUUUGAAAAUGAGGGUUAUAGAUAGAAUAUUGUAUUACCAGAGGAGAUUCGAUUUAACUGAUUUCAAAAUUUCAUAUUCCAAGGUCAUGCAAAAAGGCAAAACUCAUCCUCAACAACCCGAAAGUACUUAUAAUUUGAAGUAUAAUCAGUCUCAAUAUCAAUCUUCAAUUUGCACAAUUGUGGAAUUAAUGGAAAUUAUUGGACUCGACGAGUUGUACACUCAUGUUGAUUGUUUGAGAGAAUUUAUUCUUGUGCUCGCAGUUGACACUACAAACAAACAUCCACACAAAGAAAAACAAGAUGAUGAUGAUGCUUCUUGUUCGUCAUCAUCUUCGAGUCCAUCGCUGGAGGCAGGCUCCGAUGACCAACCAAGGCUUUCAGUUUCACCUCCAUUUAAUUUAAAUGAUGCCAUGAACACUUCUUUUCAUUAUUUUCAUAACUCUAAAUUCAAAAUAGGGUCUUCUGUCAUGGCACAUAUUUAUGCUGCAUUUCCUCUGGGAGUGUCAAUAUCAAAGAUUGAAGAAUCAAGAUUUGGAAACUCAUUAUUUGUGGUUUUAUUUGAAAACGGAACUUGUUUUAUGGUGGAGAAAAACAAUAUUCACAAAAUCACGAUCGGAGAGAAAAUAAUUGAUAUAUCCACAACAGAAAAUCAUUUCAUUUGCUGCUCGAAAAAGAAGGUAUUUCACAUCAAGUCAUUUGAGAUCAAAAAUGAAAUUAAAGGAUUAACUUUGGGUGAAGGAGAAGUAAUCAAAAAGCUUGAGACAGGAAGGAAAUUCUUCGUAAUUUUGACUAACUUGGGACGAAUAUUUGGUUUUGGCCACAACAAGCAAAAGAAUUUUGGAAUUAUGGAUGAGCAAUUGAAAGUAUUGACUCCUAUUAAUUUCACAGAUGAAAAGCUCCAUGUGAGUGACAUUUGUGCUGACUAUGAUCAUGUCGUUCUAUUGACCAGUGACAAAAGGUUAUGGAUGUCUGGAAUUAGCGCUGAGAAUCCAAAAUGGAAGUAUAAUUUUGAGACAUUUACUGAAGUUGACAAAAAUGUGGAUUGGAUUUUUUUCAGAGGAAAUACUCUCGUCUAUCACCGAAUGAAUCGUUAUGUUUCCAUCGGUCAAGAACUAUUCAACCCUAAUUUUAUCUAUUAUCCAACAGCUCUAUUUUUUAAAUUUAAGAUUGAAAACUUUUUUGGAUACAAAAACCAAUUUCUUUUUCAAGAUCAACGAACUUCAGAGUGCUACUACUUUUCAACAACAUUUGGAUUAAUUAAGCUUGACGACAUUAAUAGAAUUCUGAAAGAGAUACCGUUUGUGAAGCCACAAUUCUAUUGCUCAGAUCCCUCGACAGCAAUCAUCUAUUUCAAAAUUGGAAACAACAUUAGUUAUUUAACUCUGGGCUUGUAUUCGAUACUGAAAGAGAGAAAGGGUUCUUUUCUGUCAGAUAUUGAAUUUAAAUUUUGA